CUCCUCUCUUUAAUAAAAGCCGGCUGUCCCGGUUCUUCGUCCUUAUUGGUCAGGUGGGGGCGUUACCUCACGUGAGGCGGCGUCUUAAGCCUUACGUCCACGCGGGUCUUGGUGCGCUACUUGCUCGGAGUCUUCCAGUGUGAGAGUGCAAAGUGGCGGACGGGCCGGUACGCGCACUCUGCGCCCCAACCCUAGUCAUCAUAGGAGGAGGCAAACUCUCUGUCUCUUUCACGCGCGCACACACACGCGCGCGCGCUCUCCCUCGUCCACCCCGCACGCUCGCACGCCCGACACUGAGAGCAGUCUCGUCGCCGCAGUCAAUCACCGUCACCGACCUGCACGGAUCGCUCUUCUUUCUGGAGACAAUUGCAGUGCCCCUGAUAGGACCCGUCGGUCAUGUCAGCCUAGCUGCCCUGCGUGAUGCCGGAUCAUGACAGCGCCGUGCUCCUAACCAAACAGACCAAGCGUAGACGCGUGGACAUCGGGGUGAAAAGGACCGUGGGUAGCGUCACUGGGAUCCUGCUCGACAGCAUGAACCCGUCGCACAGCCCUGACCGGGACGGGGAUUGCCCGCUGGUCGGUCGUGCCCACGGUGGCAGCAGCGGCGAUGGGGAGAAAUCCAACGUUCUGAGGAAGUUACUGAAACGGGCCAACUCGUAUGAGGACGCUAUGAUGCCCUUCCCCGGGGCGACGAUCAUCUCGCAGCUUCUAAAGAACAACAUGGGGAAGAACGGCGGGAGUGACUCCGGCUUUCAGGGCAGUGGGGCGCUGUCCAGUGGUGGCUCAGAGAUCCAGGCUGAGGACGGCUGCAGCAACUCCUCCUCCCAGGACCGGGACAGCCCGUCUAACUGUCUUUCGCCAGGACCCCCUCUACCCUCUGCUCCACCCUCGUUCGGACGACCGCUGCCUACUUCCAACCUCAGCGCUCAUGCUCCUGCUCAGCCGCUCUCCGUCUCCUCGUUUGACUUGGACAGGCUGUCAGACGAGCACCUUCGGGCGAAGCGAGCGCGGGUGGAAAAUAUAAUCCGUGGUAUGAGUCACUCGCCGCUGGUGCGGCCCAGCACCGGCGACCACGGCAAAGAAAGCAACCUCGACAGUGAGAGCUGCAGAAACGGCGGCGGUAACGAGCACAGGGGCAACAGUCACGGGCACGGCCGAAGCGACUGCACCGCUUCCCUUCUCAGCUCUCCAGGUUCCCGUGCCGGAGGGGUUAGCGCCGGCGAGGUGUACCGGGAGAACAAAAGGAAGCAGCGCCUGCCUCAGCAGCAACAAAGCUUCCCCCAGCUGGUGUGUUCCAGGCAGGAGCAGCGACAGGAGGAGAGGCGACAGCUGAAGCUGCAGCUGGAAGACAUGCAGAAGCAACUGCGCCAACUCCAGGAGAAGUUCUACCAGAUCUAUGACUCUGAGACAGAAGAAGAGGAGGAGAACAACGAGGGUGGCGAGGUGGACAGAGGCGGCGAGAGGGAUGAGGAUGGUAACUUGUCUGAGGACAGCAUCCGCUCUGAUGGCCUAGAGGAGAGGCACAGAGACAGAGGGCGCCGCCGCCAUGAUGACCUGUCAGAGCUGGACCCGGGCCUGUUCCUGGACCGGGCCAGAGCCCUGCUGAGACAACAGGCCUUGAUGGAUGGAGAGAUGGAAGACGAUGUGGAGGGGAGGCCGGAGGAGGAGGAUGAGGAGAGGGAUGGGGGGAGGAUGGUGAAGAGGCGAGGGGGGAGACAGUUAGCGGAGACACUUAAGCAAGAGCUCAACUGUGCCGUCUCGCAGGUCGUUGACACCGUCGUCAAGGGUUUCUCAUCACCCAAGCAGGCCAUGAGCCACCAUCAUGGCCGCCACAGUAGCACGCCGGCCGCCCCUUCCUCUUCUUCCAACUCAUCCUCUUCCGGUCCGCCGCUCUUCGGCCCUCUGCCCUCCCUCACCCCGGACUCCCGUUUCGGCGGUGGCGCUUUGGCCCUAAGUCUAAACGGAGAUGGCAGCCCCACCUCCAACUACCACUCCUCCAAUCAGAGGCUUCACUGCUUCGGCGACAUCAUCGCUCCGAGCCCGCUGGAUUCGUUCAACGGUAUGAGCGGCAGAUUAAGCGGCGUGCCAACACCCAACGAUCAAACGGAGGCAUUGCCGCUGGUGGUGCGCAAGAGUGGGGGCAGCGGCGGCUGUGAAGAAAAUGGCAAUCCAUCCUUACCUCCUCCUCCACCCCCACACCACCCCUCUCUCCACCCAUCCCCCCUCACAGCCACUCUCGGCUUCAGCCCUCCGUCCUUUCGCCAUCCUUUCCCUCUCCCGCUCAUGGGCUACCCCUUUCAUAGCCCUCUGGGGUCGCACGGGGGAGUCGGGUACGCUCCGGGGCCCAAGGACCACCACCACCACAUUCGCUCCUCCCCAGACUCCAUGGACAUGACCCGAGAAACUCUAAGCCUGAGAACCAAAAUGGCUACCCUAGGAGGAGGGCACCUUGGUCACCACCAUCACAGGCAGAGUUCUCCGAGCCAACACGGGCCUGAGAGUUUGUCGCUGGCUCUCAUCAAGUCCGAGUGUGGCGACCUGGCAGACAUGGCCGACACCUCACCUUACUCCAGCAGCACCAUCCAAGAGGGUUUGUCUCCCAACCACCUGAAGAAGGCCAAGCUGAUGUUCUUCUACACUCGCUAUCCGUCCUCCAACAUGCUCAAGAUGUUCUUCUCCGACGUCAAGUUUAACCGCUGCAUCACCUCCCAGCUGAUCAAGUGGUUCAGCAAUUUCAGAGAGUUCUACUACAUCCAGAUGGAGAAGUUUGCCCGGCAGGCCAUCAACGAGGGUGUGACCGCUGCCGAGGAGCUGACGGUGGGCCGCGACGCAGAACUUUACCGGGCGCUCAACAUGCACUACAACAAAGCCAAUGACUUUGAGGUGCCUGAUCGAUUUCUGGAGGUGGCCCAGGUGACUCUCCGCGAGUUCUUCAAUGCCAUCGUGGCCGGCAAAGAUGCCGACCCGUCGUGGAAGAAGGCAAUCUACAAGGUCAUCUGCAAACUGGACAGUGAAGUCCCUGACACCUUCAAGUCCCCAAACUGCCUCCAGGAACUCCUGCACGACUGACGAGGACGAGUCGGGAAUACCUGCCGUGCUGCCCCAGAACUAAACUGGUGUCAUUAGGUGACACUAAAGUUUGUUCUGGACCAAGAAGUAGAAUUAUUUCUUUGGGGUCCCCAGAAACAAACGAGAGUUGCACUUACAGAUGUUCCUCUUCCUCGGCCGCCUUGUCCACGCAUGCUCUUCAUCCUCUUGCGGACAGUGGAUGGAGCCGACUAGAAACAAAGAAGAUAAUAUAUAAAAGUCUUUUUAUUGUGGAUGUUUUUAAGUGUCAUGGACAUUUAUGAGGAUAAAAAAGUAAUGUUUCUGUAUUUUUGCUUUCCACCUUUGUAUGAGCUUACAUCCUCACAUGCACGCCGACACACACUUCCUGAUUAGCAAAGCUCCGUAGCAUUCCCUCAAAAACUGUUCAUCUCAGUGUGGCAAGACUUGCCUAACCCCACCCGGCUGGGGUUGCCCCCCCAGCCUCGACGGGGUUAAUCUGAUCAUAAUGGAUGGAACAUGUGCUUGGUUCUAAAGUAUUUAUUGUUUUUUUUCUUUGUGUUUGCACCUUCACUUAUUUAAUUGUCUGUUCCCACGUGAACUUUAGAAAAAUAUGAGAUGGGUUUCUACAGUCCAGAGACCUGUGGGCAUCUCCGUUUCUCCACUGCAUUGAAGUAUUUGCCGGAAUCAAAGAUGAUCUCUCACCACAACAAUCAUUCCUGUUCCCGCUGGUUCCUGGGCUCCUGUUCCUGGGCAUCCUCCUCCAGUAACUCAGCUUUUAACGCUCGCCUCGUCCAGUGUCUACAGACAAAUAGAAAAUGACAUGAAUGCUUUUACUAUUGGGGAUUUGUGAGGGCCAAAAAGCUGAAAUGGGUCGGGUCACCUGUGACAAUUUAAACAGCAGGGGGAAGAAAAACAAAUCACUGCUGUAUUUGUAGCUUGUAUCGAUGUGAUAACAAUGCCGAUCACUCUGAUACUGUUUUAUUUAUGAUGACAAAUAAUUAUUGCUAUUAAUGUUAUUCUCUUGUAAUGAUUCUAAUUAACGCUUGCUACAGAUUUGACCGUCCAACACAGUGCAAGAUGAAAUAAAUUAU